AUGGACCAACUGACUAGCCUCACAGUGUGGGAUGUGAAAGAUGUCUUCAAUAAAGUUAAAAAUGCAGUGAUGAAUUAUACCGAGAUGGAGGCUAAAGUGCGCGAGGCUACGAAUAACGAACCUUGGGGUGCCAGCAGUACCUUAAUGUUGGAGAUUGCCCAGGCAACUUACAACUAUCAGUAUUUCAACGAAGUUAUGCCUACUAUUUAUAAGCGAUUCACAGAGAAAGAAGCUCGACAAUGGCGCCAAAUCUACAAGGCACUGGUGUUACUGGAAUUUCUCGUCAAAAAUGGAUCAGAACGUGUUGUUGAUGACGCUCGCGCUCAUAUGGCGACUAUUAAGAUUAUGCGUGAUUUCACAUACAUCGAUGAAAAAGGCAAAGAUCAAGGAAUUAAUGUACGCAACCGGGCAAAAGAACUCGCCGAGCUCCUUUCUGAAGUCGACAGAAUUCGUGCAGAACGGAAAAAGGCCCGUGCGAACAGGCAGAAAUACACUAGUGUCAGUUCUGAUUCGCUUGGAUAUACCGGUGGAUUUGGCGGCUCUUCAUCGCGAUAUGGCGGAUAUGGGAACGAUUCGUAUUCGUCGUAUAGUGAGUAUAUUGUAGAACUGAGUUGGAGUUUUGUGAAUAAUGAGAGAAAGGGAGAAUACGAUGACCGAUCUAUGUCCUCUUCUCGCUCACGUUAUGAUGAUUACGAUUCACCUUCAAAUCCCAGUCGCUCCUCAUCUGGAAGUGACCGUCGGUCGUCUCGUAUAACCUCUAUGCACUCGCGUUCGAGCUCACUCGCUGAAGUGGCCGAUAACGAUACUCUUGCUACAACUUCGAGCAAGAAGGUGGAACCGGUAUUGGUUAGCUUUGGGGACAAGGAUUCAGUUGAAGUUAAAGGAACGAAGAGCACAACUGGACAUAAACCGAAUGUGUCAAUUGACGACGACUUUGAUGACUUCCAAUCUGCUACCACAAUUCCAUCUACUACAUCCACACGAAAGUCUGUUCUUUCUCCAUCUCUCGUUUCCACAAAUACGACAACAACGGUUACACCCGCAAAAGACCUCAUUGAUGACAUCCUCAGUGGCCCGAUAAUUCCUUCGGGCGGUUCGAAUAACACGCGUGUGGGCAUUGGUAUCGCAAAUAAUAAUUUUACCAAUAAUCCUAGCAGUAACAUUACUCCCUUAAAUGGCGCUUUCGGAACAAAACCCCUAAUUCCAGUAAAUACUAGUACGCCUCCUCAUGUCGCAAAUAAUUUCAACUCUAUCAAAGUCAGUGGAACGCAAGCCAAUUCCUCUUCAUCUUUCCAAAAACUAAAAUCAGACGAUAUCUGGGUCCAAGCAUCAAACCUAGUCAGUCUUGACUCGCUAUCUCUGAAAGACACUCCAACGACGAAUAAAUCUACUGCUCCAUCCAUGAACUCGCUCGCGAUGGCUAAUGCGAAUAACAUUUCACUCAGUGGAACUUGGGGGACAGGAAGAGGAAGUGGGUUGGGGAGUGGAUCGACAAUGCAAAUGGAUAGUGGAGCCAAGGGAAAGUCACAGAGUUCUGCAGAUCCUUUUGAUUUGUUAUAA